UAAGUAGGUUGGUUUCUCUUACUAAGAUCACGGAUAUCACUUAUCUCUCUAGAAUCGUUGCUAACUUGAUCGUCGGAGUGCUAAUGGGCAGGUUAAGCCCUCUAGGAGUUUAUCUUGCAGGGUCUGUGCGCCUAUUGAGAGGGGGAACAACUCUUACGACGGGAAAGAAGUAUUGUGUCUUCAACAAUCAUGGUAACCAUUUGAACACCCUGUAUAACAUAUUUUUAGUACUUUAAAUUGUUAUAUAAUAUAAGUUUGCAUCAUAUGUUUCUCAGAUAUUUAUUACGAAAAGAAAAACAUAUGGAUGUUUACUAUAAACAAGUGGGCGAGCAGCUUGCACCGCCUGUCACGGUCAUAAAGAAAUGGCGAAAGCCGGAGCCGGGACGAUUUUUCGUUAUCUCAAACGCAGAUAUGCUUAAUGAGGGGGGAGUAGGGCUUGAAGCAGUUGUGCGGGGUAGCAAUGGCGAUUUUGUGUUAGCAACAACGAAGAGGAUGAGCGGCGAGUAUAGUGUGGAAAUGGCAGAAGUAAUGGUCGCGGAACUUGGGAUGCAGCUGAUGACGGGAAUGAAUGUAGGUACUUCGAUCCUUGAGAGCGACUGUAUGUCCAUGAUCUCGAAGAUGCAGAACCCACACUCGUGAUCUCAAGGAAGUUGGGGUGGUAUGUUUGUUUCGCUGAGAAACCAAAUAUCCACCUCCGGUGCCGAAUUUGUUUCCGGUGAUGUUGAUUUGAUGUUUUGCGAUGGAAACUCUUACAGUGUUGUUUGAUCGGAUGCACUGCUGAUUGAUGAAAUCGAGACAACCGUCAAAUAUCCACCGUUGGGCAGUGUUGAUUUGAUCGGUGCAACUCUGACUACGAUCGUCAAAUAUCCACUGCUAGACGGUGUUAAUUUGAUCGAUGCACCUCAGACUUCUAACCAAUAACGACCGUUACUACGAUUCACACCUCUCCAAACAAUGUUCGAACAAGGGUGUUUGAGAUUUUUGGUGGAAUCUACGCUACAACUACUCCUAUGGAGAUUUUUGUGGAGAGCUUCGCGACUACGACUACUGCUACGACUAUGGAGAACCUUCCUGGAAGGAGAGCUCCGCGAAGGAGUUACAGAGAAAAGUUAAAGUUUUGACAGAGUUGAUCUGUAUUGAUUCCGUUGUCCCUUUCUCUCUCCUUACUCCGAUGAUUUUAUCUGAAAUCAUCUGCUUAGGCUUUACGCUUCAUGAAACUGCUUCCUCAACUGCUCCGUCUUGAACUCCCACGUGUCUCAACCGCCUCGAUUUUGAUUCUGCGUGAAUCUCACGUGGAACAAAGUUACAAUGACGAUGUUGCUUUGGGAUAACAGUGGCGUUGGACUUAGCGGGCCACCCUUGGCCAAGCUCUUAACCACUACGAUCUCGUUUUUAAUCAAACGAUAUCGUUUAUGAUACCGCGGUGUCGUUUUCUCUCGCGCACAACUCUGUUUGCUUUUUUACUCCACGACAUUGUUUUAUAUUAAACACUGUCGUUUUCUAAUCCACAGUGUUGUUUUCUCUCGCGGCGUCGUUUUUAGCCAAACAACACCAUCUAAAAUAAUCAUUAAACAGAUUAAUUAAUUAAACCGGCUCAUUAUUGUCACGCGGUCAAAUUCUCAUCCAUCGGCGCCAUUUAAUCUUUCUGCGACAUCGCUUUUCACUGAUCGAUGCUGACCUUGAACUGCUCCAUCCCGGUCCCAUCAAACAAUGUCGUUUUUCAUUCCGUGACACUGUUCUCUACCAAACGCUACCGUUUUUCUCGUCUUGCAGUGCCGUUGGGCUUGCCGGGCCGCCCUCGCCAAAAUCCAACCCGCUAUGGUAUAGUUUUUAACUAAAUGGCAUCACUUACCAAGACCGCUCGUGGUAUCGUUUUCUAAUCCGCGGUGUCGUUGGAUUUACUCAAGGUGUCUUUUUUAGCCAAACGACACUGUUUCCCAGUCUUGCGAUGUCGUUGAGCUUUGAGGUUCGCGGCACCGUUUUAUCCAGUGUUAUUAAAGCCGAACCGAGCCGCUCGGCCCGACCACUAAAACCACCACCCCUUCACAAAAUCGGCUUGCAACAGUCUAAAAGUCGCUCCGGUUUUAUGUAGCGGUUGGCGAGCGGCCGAGGCGGUUAACCGCUCGAGCCGCUCGUCCGGUUUUUGCCAUUCGGUCGUUAAAUUUAAUUAAAAAAUUGCAGAAAAUUGAAAAUUGAAAUAAAAUAAACACGUCGGGCUCUUAAACUGAAUCCUUAUUUCCAUUUCACAAUUUCGAAGGAAAGAGAUGAGCUCUGAUUAAGAAAUUUCCACUAUUUAU